GGACAAAGCUGCGAAAGCAGCAGGAAACCAUGAGGGGUUGUUGGUUCAUCCGGGAAGUUCCCCGGAAGCUGUGAGGGGUUGACCAGGCUCCCUAGAAGUUCCCCAUCCUGGAUUCUGAGGGUUCAUUUCUCUCCACAGCCUGCUGCGCAUUUGUAUUUGACAGUGAGCUCGCCCCGGUGACCUUUAACUCAGGACAGGCCAGGCCAAAAAUUAAUUGAUGUCCAGACUCCAGCCACCAUGAGCUUACCUGCCAUUGGGAUCAUUGGUGCCAUCAAUGAGUGUGCCAGUUUGUUUCAGUCGGCCAAAUCUGUCAUUUCAUCUCUGCACUCCCGAUGGAGUGGCUCACAGGAGCAAAGUCUACAGGGUCGUGUCUUGCAAUUGGAGAGUGACCUACAGCAUCUCUGCGAUACUCUUCCAGCAAUGUAUGACCUCAUUAACGGAGCAGAGUACUGGAGAAGCCACAAACACCGUAUGGCUGUGGCCCAGCUCCUUCGGAGUCUCAAGGAUACCGUGUCCGAUGCAGAGGACCUUAUUGAUGAGUUCAGAUGGUACCAGAUGAAGGUGAAAGUGCAGAGCAAUGCAAGCCAAUCUCCUUUCAUCGAUUUCCUUGAUAAGGUCAUUCAAGGCGACUUCAACAAACUUAAGGAUGUCCAAUUAAGGUUGAAUCAUCUCUCGAGUCAGUUGCAGAAUAUGGGACUUCAUGGAGUUACACAACGUUUUGAUAAAUCAGUUAGGCCAGAGACCACCUCUUUGCCAAAUGAAAGGGAAAUAUUUGGUCGUGAUGAGGAGUUGAAGAAAGCAUUGGGAUUUCUUAAUGUACCAACAAAUUUAAAGCGCAAGAGAGCAACUAGUUCAGUCAAUGCACCAAGGGCAUCGACAAGCAAUCAAUUUAGUAAUGAAUCAAGAAUAUCAGAUCUUCCGGUUUUACCUUUACUUGGAAUUGGCGGUGUUGGAAAGACUACAUUGGCCCAACAUAUCUGUAGCCAUCAACGAGUGAAAUAUCACUUUGAGAUGAUAAUUUGGAUUUGUGUCUCAGAUGACUUUGAUGUGAAGAGGUUAACUAAAGAGGUCAUGCAAUCCUGUACUGGAAAAGAAGAAAAAAAUGAUAAUUUGGAUUCUCUUCAGCGUGCUCUCCAUGACUAUGUGGACAAUAAAAGGUUAUUGAUAGUCCUAGAUGACAUAUGGGAUGAUGCCUUGAAGGAGAAUGGGCAGUGUUGGAAGAGGUUUCUUGCACCUUUUAGAAGCGCCCAAGAGGGAAGUACAAUGUUGGUCACCACUAGAUGCCCAAAGGUUACCGAGGGGGUGCGCACAAUGGAGCCAAUUAAAUUAGAAGGACUAAAGGAUGACGUCUUCUGGAAAUUUUUCAAAUUGUGUGCGUUCGGAUCUGAGGAUUCUGACAAUGACCCUGAGUUGGAGAACAUUGGUAAAGGAAUACUUCCUAAAUUGAAGGGUUCCCCCUUGGCUGCCAAAACCCUGGGACGCAUGUUAAGCAUGGAUCUACAAGCAUCAAAUUGGAAAUUUAUACUUGAGAGUGAACUGUGGACGUUGCCGCAAGGGGAGACUGACAUUUUGCCUGCCCUUCGGUUGAGCUACAUGUAUUUGCCAUUCUAUUUGAAGCAAUGCUUUUCAAUUUGUGCUAUGUAUCCCAAAGAUUACAAAUUUGAGAAGGCAUGCUUAGCUGAAAUUUGGGCAGCAGAAGGCUUUGUGGAACCUCAACAUGAUCUUCCAAUUCAAGAUAUUAGUUGUCAGUAUUUUGAAGACCUGGUAGCACGAUCCUUCUUUCAAGAAGUUAGUGGUGGAUAUGUGAUCCAUGACUUGCUUCAUGACAUGGCACAAAAAGUUUCAGAGCAUGACUGCUUCAUCUUAAGAAAUGAGGGUGACUUUGAUAAAAUUCCUCAAAAUGUUCGUCAUCUGUAUGUACUCCCUAGCAAAGACUUUGAUGAUUGCAACUUGUCAAGACUAUGCAAGUACACGAAGUUGCGCACCUUAAUUUGCAAGAAGAACUUAGGAAUAAACACACGGUGGGUAAUGGACCAAUGGUGUACUGAACUUCCGCGAAUGCGUGUGAUUUCUUGUGCCUACGCAAAUAAGUUACCAGAUAGUAUUGGCAACUGGAAGCAUCUCCGGUAUCUUGAAAUCUCCAAUGCUUGUCCUUUUACGACAAUUCCUUCAACUUUUUGUUGGCUAUAUAAUCUGCAGAUUUUAUAUGCCAAGAAAUGCAAGCUACGAAGCUUGCCAGAAGGCUUUGAUAUGUUGACCAGUUUGCAGAAAUUCGAAUUAUAUGGAUUAACAUAUUGUGUUGGGUGUCACUUGCAUCUUGGUCGACCCACCGAUGCGCAGGGACAAGGAAUUAGGUUAUUAAAGAAUCUGAACCAAUUCCGUGGACACUUGAAGUUAUCUAGUGAUGGCAAGCUAAGCAUACGUGAUGCAACAGAAGCUGAACUGAUGAAAAAGAAAUACAUUGGCGAGUUGAAACUGUGUAUGCGUUCAACUACCCCAUCGGACAAAGCCAAUGAGAUAGAAGUGCUACAAGUUCUGCAACCUCCUACCAGUCUCACUUCUCUGGUCCUCCAGGGUUGUUCCGGUGUCUCGCUCCCAAGAUGGUUUAAGCCGGAAAACUUUCAAAGCUUAAAAUCACUUACUUUUGAAUGUUGUGACGGACUCAAGAGCAUAAAGAUAAAUGCAAAAGGUAUUUUCCUUUCCCUGACUGACCUAACCAUUGGUCGGUGCGACAAUAUCUCCAGCCUAGAACAUUUUUUGCAUCGAGAUUAUAUACCAGCCAUCAAAAUAAUAAGAAUUGAAGAAUGCAAGAGUUUAGAAACAAUACCAGAUGAAGCGUUUGGUAAUUUGCAUUUCCUUGAAGAACUGCACAUGGUCGGUUGUCCAAACCUAGUUUCAAUUGGUGGAGCAAAGGCAGUUGCAAAAGUAAAGAACGUGCAGAUAUCCAAUUGUCCAAAGUUAAAGGAAGCAGAGAUAAUGAAUAGAAGGUUCCGUCUAAGGGACUGGUACGUUGGGUAACUGCAUUACAUGGAAGUUGGAAGACCCGAGGACAAUAGAACAUCAUGCCUUCGUCUCGUCAUCUCUGUCUAUCUUCUCCGUGGUUGCUUCUUCCUUUUAGCAGUUUUAUUCCACCAAUAACUCCAUUGGCAAUCCGUAUUUUUGCUGCUAACGCAAUUUCCAGUUUGCACAAUCAUAGUAAACGUGUUGUAACUUAUGAAACGACAUGUGGGGUCAAGAGUACCAGCAGCGUCCAAGUUUGGGUUGCAGGAGAUUAGGCAAGAUUAAGUAUUAGGAGUGGGAUUUGAAUAUGGUAGGGUUUUUGUCCCGAAGAAGGUUUCCCUGCCAUAUCCAAGAUUAGGAGUCCAAGUUUGUUAGUGGUUAUUUUAAGAGUUUCUUAUGUCCCAAGCCUUUGUGUUGAUAACUACAGUUCCCAGUUUGCACAGUCGUAGUAAAUUUGUUGUAAUCCAUGAAAUAUCAGACAAUUGCCGUUCGUCUCUAAGACAUGUUGUAUCUGUAUGCAUUUGUGUAUUUUGGUUCAUCUUAACUCUAGAAUAUGUUUGCCUACCU